GACGGCAGAUAUGAACAGAAAAUUCAGGUCGAUCGACGAAGGCUUGAGGCCAUGAUAACGGGUGUUCUUCCCGCAUCCGGAACAGAUUCCAUAUUUAUUAAUGCGGAGGAAUUUUUCAAUAAGGUAAAACAAUACUCGGGUGCAGAGAUUUGCUGGCCGUCACAACUGAAAAUCGGUGCAAAGACAAAGAAAGAUCCAUUCGUGAAAGUUAUUGGGAGUAUAGAACAAAUCGAAGGAGCGAAGAAGUUUAUCAUUGCUACUCUACAGGUAAAGGUGAGUAAGCACUAUUGGCUUCAGAUGAGAAUGGUGACUGAAACUUCGCUAUUAUUUGAGAAAAUCAAGCAUACUUAA